GGCACAUGGGAGCAGUAGCAGCACUUUUUUAUACUUUCUUUCACUUGUCUCUCUCUCCAACCUGAAACCCUGAGCUCCCUCCCCCUCUCCUCCUCCUCCUCUCACCUGCCCAUAUUUGGACGUGCACACACCUGUUCUUACCUGCGUGCGUGAGUGUGCGUGCUGACGUCACACGCCGAGAGAACCUGCCGGGGCUCGUCCAGGUGCACAGGCCAGUCUACAGCGAGCUCCUGCAGCGAGAAGAUCGUAAUAUUACACGGACAAAAACACACAAAACCAGUGGAAUAUUACUUUUGGUUUCAUUUAAAAGGAUAAUUUACUUGUUUAACGAAGGAUUACGACUACAGGGAGUUUUAAUCCGAUGGGGACCGCCACUUUUGCGGUUUUGGGCGCUUUGCUCGUGGUGUUACAGACCUCCUCUCUGGUCUCCUCAGAAGAUCCUCCAUGUUCUGCAGGAUUCUCCUCAGAUGCGUUUAUCUUCAGAGUGGGUAGAAGGAGGCUCCACUCCGGAAUGAGGCUCGGAAAAGUGGGUUUCAGUGACUGCUCAGAUCGUAUGAGGUUUUUGUUCCAUAGUGAAGACAAGAGAUUCUCCAUUCAGACCGAUGGAGUGCUCACGGUCAAGCGACAUGUGGUCCUACAUGAAGGGCAUAAGGACUUUUCGGUUCACGCCUGGGACUCUGAGGGAAACAAGUUCACCGCUGCUGUCCGAGUGCAGCAUCAGGGGCAUCACCAUGGUGACCAGCAUCAUGGCCAAGAGCAUCAUCACCAUCACAACAACGACCUGGACCAGGGGCAUCACCAGGGAAACCAUGAGAAGCAUCACCAACACAGACACGAGCAAACAGAGAGUUCAACUGUUGUUGCUGUUCCCAUUGAAGAGGCCCCCAGUCGCCAGAAGAGGGAAUCCAUGGAUGCAGUCAUUUAUUUUCCAAAAGCAAGUAAAGGUCUGAAGAGGAUGAAGAGAGACUGGGUGAUCCCCGAUAUCAACUUUCCUGAAAACGACAGAGGACCCUUCCCUAAGAAAGUGUCUCAGAUCCGUUCGAGCGAUGACAAGGACCGUAUUAUCUACUACAGUAUCACAGGCCCUGGAGCAGACCAGCCUCCUGCAGGACUCUUCACUAUGGACAAGUACUCGGGCAUCCUGUAUGUGACCCAGCCCCUGGACCGAGAGGCAAAGGCCAACUACACUUUCAUGGCUCAUGCAGUAGCAGAGGGCUCUGGUCAGGCUGAAAGCCCCAUGGAGAUUAAAGUAAUUGUUAUUGAUAUGAAUGACAACCGCCCCAUCUUCACCAAAGACACCUACGUGGGUGAAGUGGCAGAGUCUUCACCCAUCAACUUUGAGAUCCUGCAGGUGAUAGCCAAAGAUGCAGAUCAGGAGGAAAAUGCCAACUCCAUUGUUCACUACAAAAUCCUGAGCCAGGAUCCGGCGUUUCCCAUGGCCGAAAUGUUCACGAUAAACCCCAUCAAUGGAUUCAUCAGAGUGAACGCAAAAGGACUGGACAGAGAGAAAAACCCAAAGUACACUCUAGAAAUUGAAGCAGCCGAUCUGGAGGGAACCGGACUCACCGGGAGUGCCAAAGUCAUCCUGACCGUAACAGAUAGCAAUGACAACGCUCCAGUCUACACGGAGAGCCAGUACACAGCCACAGUCCCGGAGAAUAAGAAAGAUGCCCUGGUGGUAAAGAUGUCGGUAACAGAUAAAGACGACGCCCACACUCCUGCCUGGAACGCCAAAUUUACUAUCAUCGAUGGCAACCAGAACGGACUUUUUGCUGUGGAAACUGGUCCCAACAAGCAGGAGGGUAUCAUCACCACGGCAAAGGAACUGGACUUUGAGGUGUCUCAGAAGCACACGCUGGUGGUCGCUGUGGAGAAUGAGGUGCCCUUCGCCAUCCCACUGCCCACCUCCACGGCAACGGUCGUCGUCACGGUAACAGAUGUAAACGAGGCGCCCAUUUUUGAACCUGUUGUUAAGCAAGUCUCCAAACCUGAGAAUUUGCCCGUGGACCAGGAAGUGGUCUUGUACACAGCCUAUGACCCUGAUACAGCCCGCAAGCAGAAAGUCAUGUACCGUAUCGUGAGUGAUCCAGCCGGAUGGUUGAACGUGGCCAAAGACACAGGUCUGGUCACAGUGAAGUCGAUGAUGGACCGAGAGAGUCUGUUUGUGAAGGAUGACACUUACACCGUGCUGAUUGGAGCCUUUGACAAUGAUGAGGUGCCAGCCACAGGAACAGGGACUCUGCAGAUUAAGCUACAGGACGUGAACGAUAACGCGCCCUCCAUCGAAGAGCGAGACAUCAGGGUGUGCUACAAAGAGCCCGCCCCCCAGCUGCUCACCGUCACAGACAAAGAUGGACCUGGAUUCUCUGCUCCCUUCAGAGUGUCUUUAGAGGGGUCCUCCAAGGCCAACUGGACCGCACGCAUGAACGAAACAAAGACUGGCAUCGUUCUCAACCUGGCCACAAACUUGGACCCUGGUUUUUAUAAUGUGGAACUGCGUGUUGCCGACAAUGAGGGACUAGACCAGCUCUCCACGGUACAGGCCCAGGUCUGCUCGUGCACAGGCCCAGAUGUGAUGUGCGACGGGCGGACUGCGGCGGGACCACCUCUGCCCAUCAUCCUGGGAGUGCUGGCAGGAAUCAUGCUACUGCUCAUGCUGGUGCUGCUGCUUCUGCUCUUGGCUCGGCGUAAACGAGUCGAUCAGAAAGAACCUCUGCUCCAAGAUGACGACAUCAGAGAUAAUAUCUACUACUACGACGAGGAAGGCGGUGGAGAGGACGACCAGGAUUACGAUCUGGGCGUGCUCCACCGAGGCUUGGACAACAGACCUGAAGUCUUCAGGAAUGACGUUGCUCCAAACUUCAUGCCUGCUCCUCAGUACCGCCCCCGACCUGCCAACCCGGAUGAGAUCGGCAACUUCAUCGAUGACAAUCUGAAGGCCGCAGACAAUGACCCCACAGCGCCCCCUUAUGACUCCUUGCUGGUGUUUGAUUAUGAGGGCGGAGGUUCGGAUGCUGGCUCUCUCUCCUCACUGAACUCCUCGAGCUCUGGAGACCAAGACUACGACUGCCUCGGCGAAUGGGGACCGCGCUUUAAGAAACUCGCAGACAUGUAUGGAGGAGGCGAUGAUGAUGAUAUGAUUUAAAACAAUAAUAGAAAUUAAACUAAAUGUUCAUUCAUUUUAGACUGGUUUACAUAGUCGGUGAUAUCCAAUCUGAAAAUUCAUCUAAGAAAAAUACUUGUAGAUGUCCCAAUUCUAAGGACAGUCCAAGAAAAUCCUAGUUUUUAAUUUAACAAAACUAUAUUCAAAAGGUAAAUGUAUUAAAGUCCUUGUAAAAUAGCUUUUAGAACUUCCACAAAAUCUAUCCUGUAACGGCUUAAAGAGGUGGUAUGCAUAUUUUUUUGUUUUGUUUUUUGUUUUCUACCAUGUUAUAACAUUGUUCCCUCAUCAAAAACAUGCCUGAAGAGGUCUUAGAUGUCAUCCAUACAUGUUUGAGUAAUCUAGUGAUCUCUCCAAACCCUCUUUACAGUUAGCUUUAAGAUUCUGUACAAGGCUCCGCCCGCAAGCCUACAUCACCCAUGGUCCCACACGACAAUUCAAAAACAUGAUGCAAAACUACACAGCAACUUGCCAAACCUGAUGUGAUGCAGUAGUUUCAUUAGUUGGAUGCAGCUGAUUGUGUUGUGAUAGUGCUCUGAAGGGGGGGGUGACUUAGUGGAGGGAGUAAAAGCAGGGGAGACACUGCGGUAAUAUAUUGUUCUGUGUUAAUACUUUGUUUUGGGUGAAUAUAGCAUUUUGGAAACAAAAAAAAUUAACAUGGUGAUCUAAAUAUGUUAUGUGUUGGUAGUAAAGACUCCAUCGAAGUAGAAUACUCCCUCUUUAAACAAGUUCUUCCAUCAGAUAAAAAAGGUAAUAUUUUUGUAAUUUUUGCACUUUGUAAAAUUGUCCUAAUUUUCCUGGGGAUAGCAACAAAGCUGUCCAAAAAUGUUUUCAGUGUUUGGUAAACAAAUUUCUAUGUCUCAAAUAUAUUGUCGGAGAGGUUAAAAUAAAAUCCGUUAGUUUUAAGAUUCAGCUGUGGAAUAGAUCAGAAAACGGUGUAAUAUGGGCCCUUUAAACCAUGUUUAAAAUCAGGUUAGGAGUAAAUACUUGUUCAACUUUGUUUUUGGAUGUUACCAUGGAGAUGUGCCUCUGAAAACUGAAUAGCCGCCAUUUUAAACGCAGAUGCCAAAGAGGGAGGAGGCUGGAGGUUGCAGUGGACAUUUUGAUUUUGACAGUUAAGCUUUGGACACUUGAGUACAGAUGUAUGAGUUUGUUUCACUGCAAUUGGACACAAAUAUGAGUACACCACCAGUACUAUAGAUGGUAUACUAUCUCCUGUUUAUUAAAGAAAAAUCCAUUGACUAUUUUUGUGCUAUGUAACUUUUCUGAUGACCCGCUUCUCUCCAUGGCGAUGUUAUUACUUUGCCUGUAAUAUUAACAUGCAUUAUCUGCUCGUUUCAGUGGAGUUUAAUGUCAACUGUCAAGUUACAGCUCAUACCUGUGGAGAGGCGUCCCCCCGCUGGUAAUGAGUGAUUGUUUUGCAAUAAAAACACUCACACAAUUGAAUUGAUGCGAUAUAGAUAGUGUGGAGCAUUGCAAGCAAAGCAAUAACAUCUCCACGGCAAUGAGCAGGUGGCCGAUUCUCACAGAAAAGUUUCGCAGUGCACAUUUUUAUACAAAAAUAUUUGCAAUUUUAAGAAAAACUUUUUGUUAAUAUUUUGUUCUGGUGUUCAGUUGUAUCCUUGACUCCAAAAAUUACAAUUUGGAUUUUUUUUUCUGUUGAAAAUUGUUGUAAUGCAGACUUUUGUUGAGCUGAAAAUGCCUUCAUUGUUUUACUGUAAGUUGCUGGUUCCACGCCGGACACUCGCUAUUGCACUGUCAAGACCUAGACCUUUACGCUAGUUUGAGAUGUACUUUUGUGUUCGUUAUGAAUGCCUCAGUGAGUGAUCAGAAAUCUUACAUUUUUUUGAGUUUUUAAAAUAUGUUGUGCUUUCCUGAUGCCUUACACUGUAGACUCGGUCAGGGUACGCAAAUGCUGUUAUGAGUUUAGUUUUUUUUUUUAUAAAGUUAUCUUAAUGUACAACUGUGAAUGAGUGGGGGUUUUUAUCUGCAAAUAAAAAUUAUAGUUAAUAUUUGAAAA